GGGCACGAUGUCGUCCAUUUUGUGACGAUAAUAACAGUUAAAGUUAAAAAUAACCGUAAACAUGGGGUUAACUAUAGUUUUGCUAACUUUAGUGCUAUGUGCCGUAAUAAUAAAUAUAAACUGUGAAAGCACCAACUGCAUUAACUGUAGUACAUCCGAUUACGUGAGAAUAAAAAGAGUAAAAUAUUCUUACCCACCUCAAAGGUCCUACAGGCUACCUGUGGUUGAGCCUAUCAGAGGAUUAUUCCCGUACACUCCACCACCGAAUUAUGUGAUAGACGACGAAAAGCAAAUACCUCUGUUUAAACCGCCCAGGGUAACAACAACCAGACAAAAAUCACCAGUCCUUCAAUUAUCAUCAUCCUCCUCCUCAUUAUCAGCAUCACAGAAAUACCCUGAAAUUGAAUACGCGCCGCCUGAUGCCACAGGAAAAGAACAUAGCGACGCGCAUCUUAAAGCUGUCAAAAUUUGGACGCAUAAGUCUAAAGGCACUGCGUAUACUCUGCAUGAUGAUGGAACAUUGAGUCUAGAGUUGCCUUUACCAAAGAAACAAGGACAUUAGAACUGUCAGAAUUGAGUUUAUGCUGUUUAGGUGGUAGGUAACUUAUGAUAGACGAUUUUAGAAGAU